GUUGUUGCAUGCUAUCGAUGAUUGGUUGUAUGGUUUUCCUCUUCCGCCCUCAUCGCAUCUAUCAGUCUGUAUAUUCCGCCUGUCUGAAGUCCUGAUUUCUGCACGAAUGAAUCCGUGAUUAUUAGCAAGCUACAGCAAUUUCACAGGAACUGAAGAAAAACAAUGGAACAUCGGCAUGCUGAGUUUGUGGACACACACUAUGAUGCUCUCAUUCAGAGAGUUACAUCUGUGAUGCCCAUCACUGAUAAGAUGUAUGAAAGCAGAAAUCUUACCUGGGAAGUGUAUUCGAAGAUCACAAAGGCAAUAUCUAAAAAGUCCCAAAUAAGAGAGCUCUUAAACGCUGUGAAAUCUGGAGGGCCUGCAUUAAAAUCAGCUUUUUACAAAGUACUGCGAGACGUUCAACCUGAGGUCAUUCAAGAACUUGAAGGGUCAUCCUCACAGACAGACCAUGAAAAACAGGUAACUGAGUCUCACCAUCAAAAAGUAGAAACGGAAAAGGAGGAAGUUAAGACACACAGACCUGAGAACAAUAUCAUCAGGUGGAACCCAUCCUCAAUAAAGUACAGAAGUGAAAUAGAGGAGCUCCGGAAAGAUUCCUGCAGGAAGAAAGUCGGGAACCUCUACUUUUCCAGAAGUAAUAAAUACAUUAUUGGCUCUGGAGGAAGUGGCACAGUAUAUCUUGGCCUGAAGGAAGAUGGCACUGAGGUGGCCAUUAAACGAAUAACCAAGGACCAACAGAAAAGCAAAGACUUUGAAAAUGAACUGAAGCAUCUAAGAGAUUUAAAUCUGGAGAGUAAGAACAUUGUCAGGUACGUGGACUUAGCAGAGGAUGAAGACUUUUAUUAUCUUGCAUUACAGCUUUGUGAAUAUGAUAUGGAGGAUUACAUGGAAAAUCUUCGUCAGGAAGAGCAAAAAGACAAAGCUUUGAGGAGAAUAGUGAAGGAGAUUCUUCUUGGCCUUCAAGUUCUUCACCAGGCUGAAGUGAUACAUCGCGACAUAAAGCCUGGAAAUGUUUUGAUAGAUUCAGGAAAAAACGCAAGGCUGGCCGACUUCGGCUUAAGUCGCAAACUGGAGGAGGGCAGAAGCACAGUGCAUACUGCUAGAGCUGGUACACUUGGCUGGGAAGCAACGGAGAUCCUGAAUCAAGAUACAGGUUACAAGAAGAGCUCAGACAUCCAGGUUGCUGGGAUGUUGAUGUACUACAUCCUCUCUGACGGGAAACAUCCUUUUGGGGACAUAAAGGAUCGUGAAGAGAACAUCAAAAAAGGGCAGCACUCACUUGAAGAUUUACAAGAUAUAGUAGCAAAGGAUCUCAUAGAGUGGAUGAUCAACAAGGAACCAGCAGAGAGACUGACCAUUGAUGAGGUCCUACGACACCCUUAUUUCUGGGAUGAUGACAGUAAAGAUGCAGUCCUGAGGAAGCUGGGCGACAGGCCUGAAAUCCAGAACUAUGAGAUUUUAGCAAAACUUCACAAACUCUACAUAGAGAAAGGGAACACUGAGGAAACAGACCCAACAGUAGCACUGAACAUUAAUGAGGCCUUCAGUGAACUGAAAAUCGAGAAUGAAAAGAAGAGAAAUGACAUCCUUACUAUAGUGGGUGUGGAUUUAAAGAACCUUUGGAAGCUCUUCAAGACAGCGGAGGAGAUCACAGAGGGAAAACAUUUUUCUAAUUGGAAAUCAGAGCUUUUAAAAAUAUGGCCAGAUAUUAACAAAAAGCUUCCUGAAGAUGUUCUUGGGCUGCUGCGGGUUUUGCGCAACAAACUGGUGCAUGCAAAUGUCAGGAAUGAAUUUGAAGAGAAGAAGAUUUUUGACCUCUUCCCGGAUUUUUUCAUCAGUUUACACAGAGUGGCUAAAGUCUUGAACUGGAAAUACUGAAGAUGCUGAGAGCACAUUACAUCACAACACGGCAUGAGUGUUUACUGUUUAGUAGACAUAAAACGUAUUAUUUUAGAUGGAGCAGACAUUCUUGUUGACAGAUUUAAACACUUUUCUCAACUUAAUUCCUACAUUUAUUAAACUUUUGUAGUUAAGUAGAUAAAUUUACAGAUUAAAGCUAAAAAAUAUAUAUUUUAUUUUAUUUUAUUACAAAAGUUUGUUUUAAUAGACUAAAACUGCUGCAGAGAGUCAGUGGGUGUAUAUUAGCAACAAAAACACAUUUGUUUGACUUUUGUUUUAUGAUUUCACUGUAAUCGACCACUACUCAAAACACAUGAUUAUGAGUAAAUUAUUAUGAAAUCAAGAUUUAUCAAAUCAGGGAUGUAAAGAUAUUGUCUGUUUCCAUUAAAGUGCAAUAUAUUCAUAUGG